AUGAUACUUUGCCAAAUAAAAUCUUCAACUAAAAUUACACAAUUUGGUAAUAGAUUUUACUCUUCAACAUUCUCAAAAAAAAAAGUUUUAAUUAGUGGUAAUGACGUUGUUGGUUUAUCAUUAGCAUUAUUUUUAAAGAAAAAAGGUAUUUCAAGUGAAAUUGUUGAAAGUACACAUACGAAAAUAGAUGAUACAGGUGUUGUUUUAACUCAUAAGAAUUUACAAACAUAUAAAGAUUAUGUAGGGGAUAGUUUGGUUGAAAGAAUUACAAAAAAUGGUAAUAGAUUGAAUAGCGCUGGUUAUUUUGCAAAGAAUGGUGACACUUAUGGAGUUUUAAAUUUUACAAAAUAUUCCAAAUCAAAAGAUGAUAUUACAAUGUUAUCAACCACAGAAUCGAAAUUAAAGGAAAUCUUAACACACGAAUGUUCAAAACCUUUUAAAGAAGGUGAAGGUGUUGUAUCAUUUAAAAAAAGUAUUUUUAAAAUUAAAAAAGUUCAUGAAGAAAAUAAUAAUAAUAAUAAUAAUAAUGAUAAUAAUAAUCAACCAGAUAAUAUUUAUAUAACAUUUACAAAUUCAACAAAUAAAAAUUAUUAUGAUUUAAUCGUUGGUAGUAUGGAUCCAACUGAAAAGAAUAAUGUUGACCCAGUUAGAGAAUAUGUUGUUGAAAAGAAUAAACAAUUCGUUGAGCCAUCAAUUUAUGAUAAUAGAACUGAGCAAAGUUAUAGUUUCAAUACAAUUGUCGAUUGUAGUUUCCCAUUGGUACCACCAUUAUUAAUCACACAAUUUUUAAAAGGUAAAAAAUUAGUAUCAUUCAUAUUACCAAAUAAAAAAGUUGCUCUAACUGGUACAUUCACUAGAGAAUCUCAAAUCACAACUGAAUCAUCAAAAUAUAAUCAAAUGGUUUCAAAUGAAUUUAAACAAAUUGAAGAUGUAAAUGUUCAUAGUAUUGUUUCAUUAUUAGAUAAUCAAAAUGAAUUAAAUCUUUUUAAAGUACCACAAACUCAUUUAACAAAUAUUACACAUAAUUCAAUUGUAUUAAUUGGUAAUACAGCAGAUUAUUUACCACAUGAUAAUGUAUACAUAACAUCAAUUGGUAUUGAGGAUGCAAAUAAAUUAGCACAACUUUUAGUUGAAAAUAAUACUACAAAUAAUAAUAAUAAUAAUAAUAAUAAUAAUAAUAAUAAUAAUAAUAAUAAUAAUAAUAAUAAUAAUAAUAAUAAUAAUAAUAAUAAUAUUCAAACAUUACUCAGUAAAUUUAAUAAUGAUAGAAAGGUUAGAUUAACAAAAUUUAUGAAAGCAAUUAAAGAAGAUCAAAAAAUCAUAUUACGUUCAAGUAAAGUCUUUUUCUUAGUUGGAAAAUUAUAUUUGAAAUUCCAUUAUCUCAGUAAAAGACAAUAUAAUCGUUUUAAAGAUUUAUUAUUUUAA